GGCGGGGUGGGCGGGGUUGUGCUCACUUCCGCCUCGGCUUCGGCAUGGCGCCACGCACGCUGCUGCUGCUGCUGCUGCUGCUGCUGUUCCUCCCGUGCGCCAUCCCGGGUUCCACUGAAAACUCGAGCUGGACAGCUGUACCUCGCAAUUAUACACACCCGGGGCCCUCGGGCACGGGUCCCACGCUGCUCCGCUUGUUCUACGUAAUCACCGGGCUCAGCGGCCUGAUCUCGCUCUACUUCCUCAUCCGGGCUUUUAGACUCAAGAAGCCACAGCGAAGGAGGUAUGGACUUCUGACCAACAAAGAGGAGCAUGAAGAGAUGGCAUCUCUGGACAGCGAGGAAGAGACCGUCUUUGAAACCAGGAAUCUGAGAUGAUACUAACGUGGGGGUGGUAGGCUACAAGGACGAGAGACGACGUGUCUUCUGCGGGCUCUGAUGUCAACCUUCCUGGAGGGCGUCUGUACAACCCCUCGGCUGCUCCGUAGGCCAGGACAAUGUGACCUCACCUCACUGAGACCAGCCCACAGACCUGAGGCCCCCAAAGCUCUGUCCCCCUGCCUCCCAUAAGUGACAAGCAGCCCUACAAGGUAUGAUGGAGCGAAUGGACCUUGGGAUCUCAGUGUGUGCCUUUCCGCUGCUUUGGGGACAAUAAAUGAAGCAGUGGCCUUGUAGCUGACCUGAAACCUCCCCCUUGACGUCACACCUAGAUGACCUGGUGAAGUGGGUGAGGUUGUCAUUCCUGACUGCCUGUUGAUGUCACUCUCUAGAGAGACCUAUUUAUUCCUCCAACUUGUUCGGAGACGGCAGCUGUGGCAGAGUUUCCCAGGGACUUCUGGG